AUGGAGAUGGCUGAAGACGGAAACGUCGCUGCGCUUUUGGCGACCAAACUCGCAACACCCAUUGCCCAGCUUGGCCCCGAUUUGCCAGAUCAACCAUCGCGAACCGUGCGAGGCGAAGUUGGCAUUACCUGGCCCUACAACUCGGUCACCGAGACCUUUGCUUUCUUGCUGGCAGAGCCCGAUGUACGACUGCGUCGUGCUCGAGGUCAAGUUCGCAUCGAGCUCCAUGGUCCCAGCGCAAGGAUUCUUUCAAAAUGUGGUCUAGGAGCCGGUGAUGAGCUACUCUUCUCUCUAGAGGAAGUAACAUGGACAAAGGACACAUCGCCAGGCGGCAUCCCUGGCUCCAGAGUGGAAUGGCAAUUGCAGUUCGACGAGAAGUUUGUCUUGCAGCUCAGACACUUGAACAUCGACCAUCCCGAACUCGAGACCGAGGCCUCGCCUCGACCCCCGGCUCCGCUUGCGACAGCACCUCGACUGUCGACACCUGAGCCCGAAGAACCACCCGAACACGUCCCUACAAUCCGCAAAUUUUUCGAAGUUGCCGAGAACGAAUAUGCAUCCCCAGCACUCAUCAAACGGCAGCGACUGUCGUACGGUGCGCUGUUCGAGGAUGGGUUUGACCCUUUCGAGGAAGACGGAGGAGUCAAGGGCAAGGGUCGCAAACGAACUCGGUUUGGCCGCGACAGCAGUGCGUGGCGCUAUACCAGCCAGUCACCUAGCCCUGAACCUCAGUCACCGGCUGAGGAGUCUAUGGACGAAGAUGUGACCGAGAAAACGUCCCCGCAGCUUUCGCCACAAAAGGUAAUGCUGGAUGAGGGAGUCCAGACAGUCGAUAUUGAAAUGACCGAGCCCACGGACGAGGCGGUGCAAACUGAACCGGUGCAAACAGAGCCAGUACAGCCCGAGUCAACACGGGUCGAGGCAGCGCAAACGGAGCCGAUGGAGACGGAGCCGGUACGGACAAAGCCAGUGCAGACACCCCCAGUGCGUACAGAGAGCGCCAUGGACGUGCUUAGCCAAGCAGCGCUUGCUCAUGCGCAGCAGGCACAGAAGUCUCCGGCUUCCGAGGAGCAUCCCAGGCUUGCCCGAGCGCAGCAGGAGAAAAGGUCACCUGUUGCUCAGGAGCAGCCAGCUCUCACAAUGCCAGAAUUGCCCCCUGCUACCCCCCAACAUGACCAGGCUUCUGGAAAGCCCACUGAAAGCCGAUCCGGUCCCCCGGCUGCCAAUGCCAACACGGACAUGCCCAAACUUGAUACCGCCCAAAAGCCUGCUACGGAUACGUUUGCUAGUAGCUCACUUUUUGGCACCCCCAAGACUCCUGGUUUCUCCAUGUUUGGCACUGGCCCGCCCGCCCGGAUCCAAUCACCUUCAAGCAUAGCAGACCAAAACGAGGCAUAUCCUGAUUCGUAUCUUGAUGACGCGCCGUCUGAUGUGCAUAUCAACAACUAUUUUGCGUCGGCCGACACUCAAGAUCUGCCCAUUCAACAGCCCCCCAUGGCGGAGAACUUUGAUAACAAUCAGUGGACGGUUACUACAGAGUCCCCGCGCUAUAACCAAACCGAGGGCGGCCACUUUGGUGAUGACGCUCUGGAGGAGGGCACCCGGAUGCCUCCUGGCGAUGCGGCUCUCCACGCUGCUCAUGUUACUCCUAACGCAUUGCCGGAUGGGUUUGCUAGCUAUGGGAAUGGCGGGUUGCAAGGCCAGUUUGCGGAUGGUGGACUUGCUACUCAGGAAGCUCGUGGCUAUGGAGAGGGUGAUGACUCACUUGAGGAAGACGCCGUUGGUGUAGACGAUGAGGAGGAUCAGGAUGCCGUCCAAGAUGAGUACGCGUAUGGUGAGCCCAUCGAAGAAGGCGAUUACGACCAGCGAAACUACGUUGAGCCCUCGGAUGAUGAUGAGGGUCUAUCUGAGCAGGAAGAGGAGGUUCAUCAGGAGAUUGUUGAUCGGUAUGGUGAUGCUGGGGUGUUGGAUGAGUCGGAGUUUAAGGGAUUCAAUGAUUUGUCUGAGGACCAGGAGGAGGACGAUGAAGAGGAGUAUGAUGAUGAGGAGGAGGGGGAUGAGUAUGAUGAUUAUGAGGAGGCUCCGGCGGCUAAGCCAGUUUAUACUGGGAGGGUGCUGCCACAGGCGAAUCCGAAGGGGCCGAUGGUGAUUAGCUUGCUUUCGGACUCUGAGGAUGAUGACGUGCCUAUGCCUGCGCCCAAGGCACCUCCGGCUGCUGAACCGACGCAGGAGACUCGUAAGAGCCCGGGGAUUGGUUCUGAUCAGGUUGAUCCGGGUCUUUCUGAGGAGGUUGAGGAAUCUGAGGAAGCUAAGGCAUCUGAAGCAGCUAAGGACUCUGAAGAGGACGAGGUGGGAUCUGAGGAGGAGGAUCGGGAGCUUGAGGAGGAUGUCUAUGAUUCUGAGGAGGAGAUGCCGGAUGCUGAAGAGGAGGUCUCGGAGGUUGGAGGGGCUGGAGUGAUGUAUGAAUCAGCAUCUGAAGACGAAGUUGGAGACCUCAAGGUGGAGGAAGCUUCUGUUGGAGAUGAAGAUGAAGAUGAAGACGAAGCUGAAGACCACACGGCGGAAGAGGCUUCCGACGAAGAUGAAGAGCCUGAAGAGGAAACCUCGGGCCGUGGAGGUGAAGCGCCACAACCAAGGGAUGGGGCUUCAGCCAGAGAUGAGGCUUCGGAUGACGAGCAUGAGGCUACAGCGCUCAAGGGUGAGGUUUCGAAGCCCAAGGAAGCAGCCAACGAGGCCGAAGACGAGGCCCCUGCGGUUGCUGGUGGCCAGACCCAUGUGGUUGACUUUGCUGUUCACCAAGCUGAUGGGCACGACGAGCAAGCACGCGCACCCGCUGAUGAGCAUGCCGACAAGGAAGAUUCCUUUGUCAUGUCGGCACCUGAAGACACGGAUGAGGUGUCUGGUUCCGAGUCUGAACUUGAGAUUGAACCGCCCAAGGUUGCUGCUGUUUCAGAGUCGGAGGAUAAGGCAUCCGAGGCUGAACCGGUGGCCGCCUCUCCCGAGAAGGCUGCCGCUUCAGAGUCGGAAGAUAAGGAAUCUGAGGCCGAAGAGCCGGCUGCUACUGCUACAAACGAAGCUGAGGGGGUUGAACCAAAGGUCGACCAGUCAGAUGCCGCAGCCAAAUCGGAACUUGAGCGGCCAGAUGUCACUGCUGCCGAGUCGGCCGGCCAAUUCGACGUUGAUAAUGAAUCCGAGCAUGAACACGAUGCUGAUUAUAUCCCUUCGGAAGAUGAGAAUGACGAAAUUGACAUGGCUGACGAUGUGCCCCCCGGGGACUUCGACAGAGAACUCGAGGAUUUCUAUGACGACAUGGUACUGGAACAACUCGAACAAGAGCAGGCUAACCAGCGUAUGGCGUCCGAGUCGGCAGAUGACAAGAUGUCACUUGCGAGUCAAGUCGAGGCCGAUGACGACGAGAUGGAUGUCGAAGACGACCACGAAAAAGCCAGCACGGCCGAACCCAUGUCGGUGGUUGACGAUGACGUCGAUGUGGAUAUGCUUGAUGCGGGAACGCCGCAUUUCGAGUCGCCUAUGGAAGCAGAGACGCCACGAGCAGAGGUCGAGUCUAGCAUGAUCAUUACCGAGGUGGUUGAGGAGGUUGUUGAGGAGACUGUUAUCAUGGAGGUGACAACUGAGAUUCUUGUAGAGGAUGCUGCUAUGGAGCAGGAAGCGACUGAGGAAGCACAGGAAGAGGUGUUGGAGGACACACAGCAGCAAGAGGACACGGAUGCUGUCGAGGAAGUUCAUCUGGAGCCUGUUAAGGAGGCAGAGGGAGAAGUCCCGGUGCCUGUUGUCGACGAGGAGAAGCCAGCAGUGGUGUCUCUGGAGCCGGUCGAGGGUGCAACUGCACCAGCCAACAAUGAAGCAAUGGGAAAAGAAGUCCCUGCCUCGCCUCCUCUCACCAACUCUUUUGCAUCUCAGAAGAAACUGUCGCCAUUUGCCCAAGGGUUUCAGGAAGCAAUGCGGGAGACAGAGCUGCCCCCAACCCCUCUGCAGAGCAUGGUGCAAGCGGAGCCUGAGGAUCACGAUGCCGAGGAGGAACAAGAAACCCAGCAGGCUGACGUGGGUGUUGUUCUAGAGCAGCCAGGCAAGAACAACAGUGCUGGCUCGCCAGAUUUAAGCUUCAACGCGGGCGAGUCUGAUGCGGAAGAAGUCGCGUCAGUCCCGAGUGCGCCUGUUCGGAAGGCUGCAGCGACGCGUGCAAGCAAACGGAAUAAGAACAAGAAAAAGGCAGUCAGAGGCAAGAGCGCACAAUUAGAGCUUUCCGAGCCGCCCACGCAAACCAGAGCUGUUUGUAAGAGCGCCGAGGAAGAAAUCACGGUCCAGACGCCAUCCUCUCAAGAGCACAUGUCACCGCAACCCGAAAUGGCAGCGUCAUCAUCCUCCUCGCCAGAUGUGAGCGUCAAGCUCGCCCAGCAGUCGGUAGCAGCGCGACGGAGCAAGAGAGGGCAGCCACAGCCACAGGAGCCGCAGCCAACACGAAUUAGCCCGCGACUUGCGAGGAGGCGGUCGAACAGCUUACAGUCGAGCAACCAGGACGCCGAGGAAGAGCCCAAGGGGUCUUUUAACUUGCCCUCCAACCGGGAUCUCAGCGUUUUAUUGGCGAGAGGCGCGCUGGCCUCGCCAUCCAAGGGAGAUGUCAGCGUCGGCCUCGCAAAGGAUGCGCUGAAUUCUCCGUCCAAAACCAAGUCAGCUUCCCCUCUGGUCGACGACAACAACACCAGCACCGCCGCCUUGAAGGCCGACCUGACCAAGCGCCUCCGCCAGGAAUUCCCCGACUGCAUCAACUUGACCUCACUGAAAUACCACGUGGACGAGCACCCCGUCGUCGCCGCGAUUGUCACCUCUGAACCCACCACGCCUGUCCGCGCCAAGAAGGGACCGAGGGAAUACGUCAUGUCGUUUCACAUUACCGACCCGUCGAUCGCGCCGGGUAGUGUUGUGGAGGUGCAGCUGUACCGACCGCACAAGGAGUCACUGCCUGUUGUCAGGGUGGGGGAUGCGGUUUUGCUGCAGAGGCUGCAGGUCAAGUCGAUUAGCAAGAAGGGGUUUGGGCUGAGGUCGGGGGAGGAGUCGAGCUGGGCGGUGUUUGAUGCUGAUGAGGGGGCGCCGCAGGUUAAGGGGGCGCCGGUGGAGGGUUGGGAGGGUUAUAGGGGGUAUAUGACUGGUUUGAGGGGGUGGUGGAGGAGUUUGGAUUCGGGUGCUAGGGGGAGGGUGGAGAGGGCGGAUAGGAAGAUGAGGGAGGCUAAGUAG